AUGGCAAAGACAACACCGCUCAGAGGUAGCGAUCAACACCGAGCCGCCGUGGCCAGCGACCGCGACCACUCCUCGCCUUCGAGUACGGAGAGGGCCAGAGCCAUCAAUGCAGCCAGGCUCGGCAUGAGCUAUACAGCAGCACUACAAGUAAAGCCAAGAGACAACCCAAUCGUGGCGGAGGGCAACAAUCCCACAUCUCGACCUCCCAUCACCAACAAGAUCCUCCCCAACAUGCCGCAGCAAAUGUCCUCGCGCCACCAGCUACCCAACGGACGCUCAAGAUCGGGCUUCAACACACUUGGAGAAAUUCAGGAGGGGACGAAGUCUGCUUUUCGGAAGUUCCCAGCGAAAGCUCAUGCGAAGGCGUUGGCGGUUCGUGAGGCGAGGGGAGUCGAGAAGAUUGAUGCUGGGGUCGCUUAUCAGGACGGACUGGAAGAUGUUGUGGAUGGAGCAGGCGAGUACGGGGAUCUCGAGGUACGAGAUGAAGGACAGCAGCGAGCUGGUAGUUGGGAGGACGAUGAGGGAGAGGCCGAAGAUUCGGAGUAUGGUAGUGAUGCGUGA